GUUCCGCCGCCGAAAAGGCGCCCGCUGCCACGGUGCCGCAGCUGCCGCGCCCCCUCCCUUCGGCCGGUCCCCGCUUUGCGGGGUUUGCCCGUUGGGCCUGCUCCCGCCAUGGCGACCAAGAAAGGGGGCUCGCGGCUGGAGUCGGAGAUCGAGAGGUGCCGGUCCGAGUGCCAGUGGGAAAGGAUCCCCGAACUCGUCAAGCAGCUUUCCGCCAAGCUCAUAGCUAACGAUGAUAUGGCAGAACUUCUCCUUGGAGAAUCCAAGCUAGAGCUUUUUCUGAAAGUGAACCCUCUAAAACAGGGGGCAAGUCCCUGUGGACCCCGACCAAAAUUAAUUGAAGUCAGGAAGCAUCUCACCGCAGCACUUGAUCGUGGAAAUUUAAAGCCAGAGUUCUUACAAGAAGCCCAUUUAGUUAUGGCCAAAUUAAAUUAUAUGGAAGGUGAUUACAAAGAAGCUCUUAAUACAUACGCUAAAGUGGGAAUUGAUGACUUGCAGCUUGCUGCUGUACCUCCUUAUCGCUUAAGAAUGAUUGCUGAAGCAUAUUCAACCAAAGGUCUUUGUCUAGAAAAAUUACCAAUAUCCUCUUCAACAAGCAACCUCCAUGCAGACCGUGAACAGGAAAUUAUAAUGUGCUAUGAAAAGGCUGGGGAUAUAGCCCUUCUGUAUCUCCAGGAAAUAGAAAGGGUAAUAAUGGCCAAUAUGCAGAACAGAAGUCCUAAGCCUGGGCCUGGAAUACAUGAACAAGAACUUGGAUAUUUUUUAGAAACUGGACUUCAGAGGGCCCAUGUCUUAUACUUCAAAAAUGGAAAUUUGACAAGAGGAGUUGGCAGAUUUAGAGAGAUUCUAAGAGCUGUUGAAACAAGAACUACACAGAAUCUACGCAUGACAAUAGCAAGGCAGUUAGCUGAAAUUUUGCUACGAGGCAUGUGUGAACAGAGUUACUGGCACCCUCUGGAUGACCCUCCUCAACAGUCACCCUUAAAUGAUCCACUCUGGAAAGCUGGAAACACUAAAAGUUAUGCUCUUAGCAGAAGACCUCGCGUGUAUUCAGGAGAAAACAUUUUUUGUCCUCAAGAGAAUACUGAAGAAGCUUUGUUGCUGCUACUAAUCAGUGAAUCCAUGGCUAAUCGUGAUGCUGUAUUGAGCAGAAUACCGGAACACAAAAAUGACCGUAUUAUCAGUUUGCAAAGUGCAUCUGUAGUGUACGAUUUGCUUACCAUUGCCUUGGGAAGAAGAGGUCAAUAUGAAAUGCUCUCAGAGUGUUUGGAACGGGCUAUGAAAUUUGCCUUUGAAGAAUUCCAUCUUUGGUAUCAAUUUGCACUUUCAUUAAUGGCAGCAGGAAAAUCUGCUCGAGCUGUGAAAGUCUUAAAAGAAUGUAUUCGGUUGAAGCCAGAUGAUCCUACGAUUCCACUUCUUGCUGCUAAAUUAUGUAUGGGAACUCUUCAUUGGUUAGAAGAGGCAGAAAGAUUUGCCAGAAUGGUGGUUGAUGUGGGGGACAAAACAUCAGAAUUCAAAGCCAAAGGUUUUUUAGCCCUAGGAUUGACCUACAGCCUACAAGCUACAGAUGCUUCUUUGAGAGGAAUCCAAGAGGUCCUGCAGCGAAAGGCUCUUCUAGCAUUUCAAAGGGCACAUACUUUGUCUCCAACUGAUCAUCUGGCAGCCUUUUAUUUAGCUUUACAGUUUGCUAUUUCUCGACAGAUACCAGAAGCUUUGGGUUACGUUCGUCAGGCUCUGCAGCUUCAAGGUGAUGAUGCUAAUUCUUUACAUCUCCUUGCCCUCUUGCUGUCAGCUCAGAAACACUACCAUGAUGCUCUGAAUAUCAUUGACAUGGCCUUGAGUGAAUACCCAGAAAAUUUUAUAUUGUUGUUUUCCAAAGUCAAAUUGGAAUCACUCUGCAGGGGCCCCGAUGAGGCACUUCUUACUUGUAAACAUAUGUUGCAGAUCUGGAAAUCUUGUUACAAUCUUACUAAUCCCAGUGAUUCUGGACGUGGCAGCAGUUUAUUGGACAGGGCCAUUGCUGACAGGCGACAGCUCAAUACAAUCACUCUCCCAGAUUUCAGUGAUCCUGAAACAGCUUCUGAUUCCUCUACAUCUUCAUCUCUCUCAAGGACAGAAUCUCUCCUCCACCUGUUUAUGUCUCCUCAGUCUCCUCACUCACCUCCCAAAACUGAUUCCUUUGUCUGGCCCCAUGCAGCCAAUCCAUCUUGUGACCACGUUCCUGGGCCCUGCGAACCUUCAUUCUGCAACCCUCCAGAUGCUUACUUUCAUGGUUUUUUCUCCCUUUUUUCAGUUUGUUCGGUCCAUGCGACAUCAAUAGCAGCCUCUAGAGUGGAGCAGGCACUAUCAGAGGUGGCUUCAUCUUUGCAGAGUAGCACUCCAAAGCAGGGUCCUCUGCAUCCUUGGAUGACUUUGGCUCAGAUCUGGCUUCAUGCAGCUGAAGUAUACAUAGGAAUUAGAAAACCUGCAGAAGCCACUGCUUGUACUCAGGAAGCUGCUAACCUCUUUCCUAUGUCUCACAAUGUUCUCUACAUGAGAGGUCAGGUAGCAGAACUUCGGGGAAAUACUGAUGAAGCCAAGCGCUGGUAUGAAGAGGCCUUAUCUAUUAGUCCUACACAUGUCAAAAGUAUGCAAAGAUUGGCUCUAAUUCUUCAUCAGCUUGGCCGGUACAGCUUGGCCGAGAAGAUCCUUCGGGACGCUGUCCAGGUGAACUCAACAGCCCAUGAGGUUUGGAAUGGCCUCGGGGUGGUUCUGCAAGCUCAGGGUAAUGAUGAUGCAGCCACGGAAUGUUUCCUGACGGCACUGGAGCUUGAAGCCAGUAGCCCUGUUGUCCCUUUCACCAUCAUCCCUCGAAUCCUUUGAAAGGCAGACUGCUCAUCCUGCUUCAGCUGAACUUGAGAAUGUGAGGACGCCUAUGAGCUAAUCUUUCCUUCUGACUCCAAGGGGCAGCUCUUCACCCUGAGAGGUAACAAAUACAACUGCAGGCAAUCUGCUCGUUUCUGUCGGGUGUCAACGCGGGAAAGCAAUAUAGGAUCUAAAUCAGUGAAGAAAAAUGGGAAAAGAGAAGGAAAUAAACACACAUGCACACUUUAAGCCACCAUGUAUGUAUUGUCUACAUUUUUUGCCACAUAGUCAUUUCGAAACCUGAUGCUUAUUGUUCAAAUGGAUAUUGUGCCAUAUUUUGUUAGGUGACAUCAGAGUGUUAUGUAAAAACUCUAAAUAGAAUCAGUGAUAGAUAAUAGAUUCAAGUUAAAAUUCAGUGGCAGAGCAAGCCUAUUUUUAACCAAGCCUGUCAAAGACCUGUUUUCUUCAUGGCUUUCAACCUCUCUGGAGCUCAGAAUCAAAAUGUGAAAUUUGCUGUGUUCCAUCUUCUAUGGUAGUCCAGCCCAGCAAAUCAGCUGAAAGGUUAUGUUUUGAGUUGUUAAUAGCUGUGAUGUGUAGCUAAUCGUUAUUUCUUGUAUUUAGAAGAAAGGUUGUGUACAAGAAUAUUUAUAUUUUACCAGCGUAUGCCUGUUGAAACAAAAAAGAAAUGAAAAUAUUAGUUAUUUAAGUUUAACUUUUUUAUGUGAAUCCAGAGUUUAUUUAUCAAUGGAAAUAUGUAAAAAAGAUGCUAAAAAUAGAAUAUUUACCGACAUUCCUUAUGAAGUAUACACUACCUUGGCUCAAUGGAAAGAUUAUGUUAAUAAUAAAAUGAUUUUUGAAUGCA